UCCCAAUUCGCGAGUAAACGGACUAACAAACUAACUAACCUGCCUUUGUGGUGGCGCGAAGAAGCCGGAAGAAGACGGGAAGGGAAGAAAAUUCGAAGCAGGAAAUAAUGGGCGCUUUCAAAUGGUGCACCGCCUCCAAUCCUGUUCUAUCACCGAUGCCUCCGCACUUCAGGGGCCACCGUUCUUCACAUCGCCGCCGUGACGGCUGCGUUUCCAUCGUUAUCUUCAUCCAAAUAGCAAUUUUCGUGUCUAUUAGGUUCUAUUGUAAAAAUCAAUUAUACGGGUCGUCAGAAAAUUAUGAUGAAGAAGACAUGGGGGAGGAACUUGAUUUUUGGGGUUACCCUAAUCGUGAGCUCCUUCUACCUUCCAUUGGUCCUAUCUGAAACGAAUUCUAAACAUGUUUCUGCCCUCAAUGUGCUAUACCAGAGCUUGGAUUCUUCAUCUAGAGAGAACCUGGAUGCAUGGAUGGAAAAUGGCGGGGAUCCUUGUGGGGAUUCUUGGAAGGGUAUAUCAUGUUCAGGAUCAGAUAUAACAGAAAUUGAUUUAUCUGAGAUGGAUAUCUCUGGAUCAUUGGGCUAUGAGCUUGAUAAGUUGGACAAAGUUACCUACUUUACAGUGAUGUGAGCAAAAACAAACUGAAGGACACUGUACCAUAUCAGCUUCCUCCGAAACUGCAACACUUAGACCUCUCAAGCAAUAAAUUCACAGGAAGUGUCCCUUAUUCAAUUUCUCAGAUGUCUGGCCUCACAUACUUACAUCUCGAUCAUAAUAAGCUGAGUGGAUCAUUGUCUGACAUGUUUACACAACUUACCAAACUCACCGAGAUGGAUCUCUCCUUCAAUUCAUUGUCUGGUGCUCUGCCGCAGAGCUUUAAGUCCCUCUCAAGUCUCAACGUAUUGUCUUUACAAAAUAACAAAUUUACCGGAUCAAUAAAUGUUCUUGCUGAACUCCCUCUUCAAGAUCUGAAUGUAGGAAACAACCACUUCACAGGAUGGAUUCCGGAUGAGUUGAAAAACAUCAAUAAUAUAGAGACUGGAGGGAAUUCUUGGUCUUCUGGUCCAGCUCCUCCUCCACCUCCUGGGCAGGAGUCUCACAAGAAAUCGGAGGAGAACAUGAAAUCCGGGUUGAGUGGAAUGGCAGUUGCUGGGAUAAUAAUGGGUGUUUUGUUGCUAAUUAGCAUUAUAAUUGCUCUGAUUUCUAAACGAUCAUCAUCAACUUCAAUACACUAUUUUGAAGAUGAUAAGCUUAGCCAACAGAGGCCCAUUUCCCCACUUGCAUCUCAGGAGCUAUCCAUUGACAUGUUCCCUGAUAUGCACAAGGGAUUCAGAGAAAUUAGGUCCUCGGGCUCCUCAUCCACAAUAUCAGUAAAAACUUCUCAAAUGUCUGCUUCUAUGAGUCAUAAGUAUUCAGAUCAUGUCAAGUCUUUCAACAGCAAGGAGGUUCCUGACCAUUUAAACGUGGAAUUAGGUGGUUCAGUUCAGGCCUCUUAUUAUUCUUUGGCAGAUCUGCAGAGCGUGACCGGUAAUUUUGCAACUGGUCGUCUUCUUGGAGAGGGAUCAAUUGGUAGAGUAUACAGGGCAAAGUAUCGAGAUGGGAGGGUUCUGGCAGUCAAGAAGAUAGACUCUUCACAUUUUAGAGGUGAUAGGGGAGCAGAUUUUCCAGAAAUUGUUGCAAACAUCUCCAAGCUACGCCAUCCAAAUAUUGCUGAAGUCAUUGGUUACUGUUCAGAACAGGGACAAAACAUGCUGGUAUAUGACUAUUUCAGGAAUGGUUCUCUUCAUGAAUUCCUUCACUUGUCAGAUGACUUCAGCAAACCACUUACCUGGAACACAAGAGUUAGAAUUGCUUUAGGCAUAGCACGUGCUGUUGAGUACUUGCAUGAGGUUUGUUCACCUUCCUGCAUACACAAGAACAUAAAGUCAUCUAAUAUUUUGCUAGACACUGAACUAAUCCCUCAUCUCUCUGAAUGUGGCUUGGAAAAGCUCUAUGAGCAUACAAACCAUAAUCUUGGAACCGGAUAUAGUCCUCCUGAAUGCUCAAAACCUUCUGAGUACACAAUGAAGAGCGAUGUGUACUGUUUUGGGGUUGUUAUGUUAGAGUUGUUGACGGGACGAAAGCCUCAUGACAGUUCAAAGCCAAGAACAGAACAUGCUCUGGUGAGAUGGGCAUACCCACAGCUUCAUGACAUUGAUGCACUGGAGAGAAUGGUUGAUCCUGCGCUUAGAGGAUUAUAUCCUCCCAAAUCCAUCUCUCGGUUUGCAGAUAUCAUUGCUCUCUGUGUUCAGGCGGAACCAGAAUUUCGACCACCUAUGUCUGAAGUGGUGGAAGCACUUGUUCGAUUAGUUCAAAGAUCGAAUAUGAGUCAACGUGAGGAUCCAAAUGCUUCUUGUAGAACGGAUGGAUAUGAUUUCUGACGAAAACUCCCCCUGAUAGGAUCGCGGAUUGGAUUCUCUGUUCUAAAAUUGCAUUGAACUUCAUAUGUCGCUGAUUUGUUAAACACAUGAGUAUUACAAAAGCAAACGAACAUUGUUUUAUGACAGAGUCACAGAGAAUGGGGCAGUGAAAUCCUAACCGUGUUAGGAUAUGCUCAGUCCUUGGAUAUUAUCUCAUGUAUGUAAUAUAGGUUAUCUAGGCAAUUCUUAUUUUCGAAUAAUUCAGGGCUUAGGAAAAGAGAGUAAAAGUUGUAUGUGGGUAGAAACGUUUUCCCUUUUCUCAUGCAGAAUUUGUUUUAACAUUACCUCAAAUUCGUAUCGACCAUCAUUAACAAUGGAGAAUUUUUG